AACCGCUUGGACUCGCCUUGCUAACGACAGACGCUCCGGUAUAUAAGGAGAAGACGGAGGCUCUCUCAGUCGCUGUGAAAGCCAUACACCCCUCACCUGCGCGCACACACACGCACACAACAUUUUACACUCACACACCUCUGCACCUCCAGCACCGUCUCCCCUCAUCCUCCCACAUCCUCUGCGUUAGCCUGACCGGAUGAGUUACCCGGUGGAAACGAUAGGAAGUCCCUUCAGGAGAGCCAUGGAUACUAGAACAACCAGUUACGGCUACGGCCGCCCCAGCGGCACCCCUUCAAGCGGCUUUCGCUCCCAGUCUUGGUCCCGGACAAGCCCGGGCUCCACCAUCACCGCGUCCUACAAGAGGACCGUCAACGCACCGGCUCCCCGGGCAUACGGCUCGACGGUGCUGAGUUCCGCCGACAGCGUUGAUUAUAGUCAAACCUCGAUCCUCAACGGUGACUACAAGCGAUCUAACGAAAAAGAGCAACUUCAGGGGCUCAACGACCGAUUUGCUGUGUAUAUCGACAAGGUGCACUACCUGGAGCAGCAGAACCAGCAAAUCGAGGCUGAGAUCCAGGCUCUGCGGCAGAAGCAGGUGUCCCGCACCCAGCUCGACGACCUCUACGACCAGGAACUGAAGGAGCUGCGCACCGUUCUGGAGCAGAUCCACCGCGACAAGGCGCAGAUCCAGCUCGACACGGAGCACAUCGAGGAGGACAUCCAGCGGCUCAGGGACCGCUUUGAGGAGGAGGCUCGAAUCCGCGAGGAAACGGAAGCCAUCAUUCGCGUCCUGAAGAAGGAUACUGGCGACUCGGAGUUGAUGAAGUCUGAGUUGGAGAAGAAAGUUCAGUCGCUCCAGGAUGAGAUCGCCUUCAUCCGCAACAACCACGAGGAGGAGGUGAGCGACCUUAUCGCGCAGAUCCAGGCGUCCCAGGUAACCAUGGAGAGGAAGGACCUCCAGAAGACCGACAUCACCGAGGCUCUGCGGGAAAUACGCACCGAGUUGGAAGGACACUCCAACCAAAACCUGCAGCAGGUGGAGAGCUGGUUCGUGUGCCGCUACACCAAGCUCACCGAGGCUGCAGAGCAGAACAAGGACGCGAUAAAGUCCGCCCGGGACGAGAUUGCCGACUACCGGCGCCAGUUGCAGAUGAAGACGGUCGAGCUGGAGUCUGUCCGCGGGACAAAGGACUCCCUGGAGCGGCAGCUGAACGACAUCGAGGACCGACACAACAGCGACCUGGCUAGUUUGCAGGAGACAAUCCACCAGCUGGACAAUGAACUGAAGAGCACCAAGUGGGAGAUGGCUCGCCAUCUCCGUGAGUACCAGGACCUGUUGAAUGUCAAGAUGGCCCUGGACAUUGAAAUUGCUGCAUACAGGAAACUGCUUGAGGGAGAGGAGACCCACUUCAGCACUUUUCCAUAUCGCCAGGCGGUCACCUCCAGCAAAAUCUCCAAACCUAAAUCUGAGACCUCAAAGCUGAAAGUGCAGCACAAGUUUGUGGAGGAGAUCAUCGAGGAGACGCGGGUAGAAGAUGACAAGGCAGACAUGGACGAGGCUCUGGCAGAGCUAGCACAGGAGCUCUCUGCCACAGCUGGAGAAGGAGGAGAGGAGGAAGAAGGGGAAGAGGAAGAGGAAGGGGGAGAGGAAGAGCAGGAUGCUGGAGAAGAGGCAGCAGAGGAGGAAGCUGUAGCCGCCACUGAAGCCAAAGUUAGUGCUAGUGCCAUCUCUAAGGAUGAUGAUGAGGAGCAAAAAGGUGACGAGGAGGGAGAAGAAGGUGAAGGAGAAGGUGGUAAGGAGGGAGAAAACGAGGAAGAAGAAGGGGAAGGGGAUGAUGAAGAAGAAAAGGGAGGUGAGGCAGAAGAAGGUGAUGAAGAGGGGGGAGAAGAGGGAGAAGAGGAAGAGGUUGAGGAAACAGUACUGUGCUCCAAAGCUCCAGAAUCCAAAGCCUCUCCUGACAAAGAGAAGGGUGACGAAAAAGAGGGUAGUGCAGGAGAGGAAGAGGAGGCUGCUGUGGAAGAUGAGGGUGGUGAAAAGGAAGAAGAUGCCGGAGAUGACAAAGCAUCAAAAAGUGAAGACGAGAAGAAAGAAAAAGAUGAUGCAGAGAAGGGCAAAAAGGAAGAUGAAAAGGAUGUAAAAGAAGAUAAAGUAGAUAUAGCAGAAAAGGCUGUUGCAAAGUCAGAAGCUUUAAAAACUGAGGCCAGCAAAGAAGAGGCCCCAAAAACGGAUGACUCAAAGUCCCCUAAAUCUGAAUCUCCAGUGGCAGGUUCCCCAAAGUCUGAAUCCCCAAAACCUAGUUCCCCAAAGUCUGAAUCCCCAAAACCUAGUUCCCUUAAGGCUGAAUCACCCAAACCAGGCUCUCCCAAGUCUGAAUCACCCAAACCAGGCUCUCCCAAGUCUGAAUCACCUAAACCAGGUUCUCCCAAGUCUGAAUCACCCAAACCAGGUUCUCCCAAAUCUGAAUCACCCAAACCAGGUUCUCCCAAGUCGGAAUCACCAAAACCAAGUUCUCCCAAGUCGGAAUCACCCAAACCAGAGUCUCCUAAAGCUGAAUCACCCAAACCAGAGUCUCCUAAAGCUGAAUCCCCCAAGUCUUCUUCUCCAAAGCCUGAAUCCCCCAAAGAAGGCUCACCCAAGGCAGAAUCUCCAAAGCCUAGCUCCCCCAAAUCCGACACCCCCAAGUCUGAUACCACCAAAGCUGAGGCUCCCAAAGAUGACAAAUCAGAAAAGAAAAGUGACUCAACAGAGGAUAAGAAGGUAGAAAAGAAAGACGUUGCCAUGAACGGCGAGGUAGACAAGAGCAGUCCAGAGGAGAAAGAGAAGAAAGAUGCGGACGUCAUCGCUAAUGGCGUAGACGAGAGCCCUGUCAAGGAAGAUGGCAGCCAGAAAGUGGUAAUCACCAAGACCGUGGAGACGAUCACCACCGGAGAGGAUGGCUCCAAGCAUGUCACAAAAUCCAUCACGGUGACAGAAACAGUGAAGGACGUGGAGGAGGUGCAGCAGGAGAAGCUUGUCUCCGCCAAGGCGACCGACAAGCAGUCCACCCAAUCUGUCAAGCAAGUGGCAGAGGCUGAAUGAGCAGACUCCGGACAGCUCAACCAAAGUGGAAGUAGAGUAGGGGGCAACUGUGAGAGGGGCAAAAGGUUGAGGAGAGAACAUAAGCAAUUCACAAAGAACUAACGUAACAAUGAAAUUCAUAAAGCUAGAGCGAUGUAAUAACAAAAAAACACACUAAAAGCAAAUUAUAGAGAGAAGCCAAAAAAAAAAAAAAAAAACGUGACAAACUUCAAACAUGCAUGUUGAGUGAAAGCUUUAAGCAAGCUUCGCCGCUGAUGCAGCGAAGAGCAAAUGACUGAGACAUUUUAUUCUUUUAGGUUCUUUCUGCUUUUCUAAGGUGAGCUCAGGAGUAGGAAGAGUGGGCGGGGGAUCUGCAUGCUAGCUCAGAGGAGUGGAGUACUUUCCUCUCGUAUCUGUAUGUUUGGUAGGAACGCACUUUAAAAGAGAUAAUUUAACAUGAGACUGUUGAGCAGUUUUUUUGAGUUAAAGUAUAAGUGGUCGGGGUUAGGCAGGUGAAGGGGCCUCGGCGCAGACAUGCACUCUACUGAAGAAGCCUUACUUGACAUGUGAAGAUGCCAUCUGAGCCAGAAACAGUAACAAACAAUAUGAAACAUUAGGUGAAGAAACACAUAACCACAUCUGUAUACGUCCAGUAACUGAAGCAAUUACAGCUUAACAAAUCUGAAGAAACUCCUAGCCUUAAACAUGCUUUUUAUCACUGUCUGUUAUGUUUACCUGAGAGCAACUUAGACAAAUGUAACUGUAAAUGAAUUGUGCAUUCUUGUAUGCAUAGAAUGAACUUGAAUUUAAUUACAGAAAUAAAUGAGGUGCUACUGUUUGCAGUCCCAUAACUUUACUCAUCUUGAAGUAUUUCCCAGCAGCCUUUGCUCAAUAAAUAUCAUAAGAAAACAAAACAAAAAA